AUGGGAUUUUUGAUGCGGAAUAUUCGUUUAUUAGCGUGGACACUGCAGGAAGUAGGACGAGACGUAUUAUCGAUGUGUAAAAAGCGACACCAGCAUGAUUCUGUUGAACUAACACUGUCUCGGCGGUGUGUGGGUAAAGGACAGCGAGCAAGUGCUUCUUUAGGGUCUAAAAAGACAGAGAGUUUUGAUGAGAUGUCUAAGAACACUGAUUCAGAGAAGCAAGCGCCUAAUUCGUUAUCUAUUGUUCUUCUUAUUUUCCUUUAUUUACUUCAGGGUAUUCCACUAGGUCUAGUGAUGGGUUCUUUACCUUAUCUUUUGCAACCACACAUUUCAUUUACGUCUCUUGGUUUCUUCUCUCUUACAUCUUAUCCGUAUUCAUUGAAACUUCUUUGGUCGCCAAUCGUGGAUGCGGUUUAUAAUGAGAAAUGGGGUCGACGUAAAAGUUGGAUUGUUCCUGUUCAAACUAGUAUAGGUCUUUGUUUGCUUUGGAUUAGUUAUAACAUUCAGAAAUGGCUUGAAGAAGCUACAACACUAUUUAAAGAAAUGACUGUUGCAUUUUUUAUUCUUGUCUUUUUGUGUGCAACACAAGAUAUUGUUGUUGAUGGAUGGGCUUUAACACUUCUUUCAGAGAAAAACCUUGCUUAUGCAUCAACAGCUCAAAGCAUUGGACUAAAUACUGGUUAUUUUAUGUCUUUUACUGUUUUUUUAGCAUUUAAUUCCAGUGAAUUUGUUAAUAAAUAUUUCCGUUCUGUUAAAAAGGAUAUUGGGUUAAUAACACUGAGUGGAUAUAUGUGGUUCUGGGGAUGGGUUUUUCUAAUAUCGACUGUAUUUAUAGCAUUUUUUCAAAAUGAAACAAAAGGAAAACGACCGUCUGGUGGUAUUAAAAAUGUUUAUUUAAUUAUUUGUAAUAUUAUGAAACUUCGGCAUGCUAGAUUGUUUAUAUUUGUUCAUCUUAUUGCAAAAAUUGGGUUUACUGCAUCUGAUGCUACUUUGAAUUUGAAACUUCUUGAAAAAGGACUAAAAAAAGAAGAUCUUUCUGUUGCUAUAUUAAUUAAUUUUCCAUUUGAAUUUAUUUUUGGAUACUAUGCUGUAAGAUGGAGUUCCGUAUCUCAGCCCUUGUUGCCAUGGAUUUAUGCUCAUAUUGGACGGCUAAUAUCUGCUUUCAUAGGUAUAUUUAUUGUUUAUAUGUUUCCAUCUGAUGGUAAAAUCGAUUCUGGGUAUUUUUAUAUUAUUAUAUUACAAAAUAUUUUUUCAGGCUUUAUGAAUACAAUUCAGUUUAUUAGUAUUAGUGCAUUUCAUACACGGAUUGCUGAUCCAGUGAUUGGCGGAACAUAUAUGACACUUCUUAAUACAGUAUCUAAUUUAGGCGGGACAUGGCCUCGUUAUUUUAUUCUUGAGGGAAUGGAUUUCUUUACAAAAUCUUACUGUUCAAGAAAUACUGCAAAUUUAUGUAAAACCCAUGAUGACAUCAGCGCAUGUAAAAAACUCGAUGGCCAUUGCAUUAAAAAUAUUGAUGGGUACUAUGUUGUUAAUAUUUUUUCAGUUUUUAUUGGGACUUUGCUUUUUUUUUUAUUUAUAAAACCUUCAAUUGAAAAAUUACAAAGACUCCCAUUAAAAGCAUGGAAAGUUGGCAUGUUAAAUAAGUUAUAUAUUUAA